AUGAUUCAUACAGAUACAGACAUUCUGGAGAAAGGCGCCAUUCUACAGAUAAACCUAUUCUGCAUAUGCAGCAAGUCUACAGUUACAACCAUUCUGCAGAUACAGCCGUUCUACAGAUAUAGCCAUUUUGGAGAGAAUGGUAUAGAGAAGCCAAUUGAUCUUUGUGUACAGCCUGGACGCAAAUCACCAGACACUUCAUUCAUAGUGAAAUUUAAUUAUCAACAAUUACCAGGAAUUGAACAUGAGGUUUUCUACAGAAGCUUGACAACAGGAGGAAUAAAAAAAGUCAAGGCUGACCAAGGAUUUGCAAAGAUUGAAAAUCUCACUCCUGGUGAUGCCUAUGAUGUAUGGGUUGUUGCAUCCAAGGAGGGAGUUAAAAGUGAACCAUGCAAACUUGAGGAUCCAAUACAAACAUAUCCAGGAAAGGUGAAAAGUGUUAAAACUGACAAAACUUCCCCUACAUCGCAAAUCAUUAGCUGGAAUCCUGUAUUUGGAGCCAGUUCAUACUUAGUUAAGAAGAAAAGAUGUGAUGGCAAUUACGAAACGAUUCCAACAGUAGACACAGAGCUCACACUUUCGAAUCUAGAUAGUGGUCAAGCUUACAAAGUCUAUCUUUCACCUCCCAGGGAUAUUCACAGACGUGUAAUUUACUCUGGGAAUAAUGUUUCUCUGGAAGUCAAAUACACCUGUUCAGAUCAAGAAAUUAGUAAAUAUGUGAUCACUGCAAAGUCAGACUCUGGUGAUUCUCAAACAAAAGAAGAGGAAUCAUGUCAAACGCUCUUCCCAAAUCUAAAUGAAGGCCAUUGUUACACUGUUUGUGUCCAAGCUGUUGCAACGAAUGGAGUAAAAAGCAAAAAAGCUCAUGCUGAACCUAUUUGGAUACGACCUGGAUCUGUCAAAAACUUGAAAAGUGAAGCCGUUACAGGGAAUUCGGAAAGAGUGUACUGGGAUGAUGUGGAAGGAGCAGAGUCGUAUAGUAUUUCUGUAGAAGAAGAUGGAAAGUCAAUCAAGCAUGACAGUAAUGUACCAGAAAUUACUCUGACAGAUCUUACCUUGAACAAAAGAUUCUCUGUGACAGUCAAGGCGGUCAAUGUAGCAGGUUCUGGACAAAUAUCUAAGCCAGUUAAUUUUAUGACAGGUAUGAAAAAGCUCAAAAUGAAAUCAUAUUUUGCAUAUAUUUCCGGCCCAAAACUAGCUGCAGACAUCAACUUAGAAUGGGCUUCUGAUCUCAAUGUAACACUACAAAGCCUUUAUUUUGCAGCACUUUACCCAGUACAAAGUGUACGGGUGGAAAACAGCACAAGAAAUCCAACCACUGAACUUAUUGUAAGACUUGAAGGAUCAGUAGUAUCACCGACUUCGAAAUACAAACUCAGAUUUAUCAACCUAAAUGAAGGCACGUUCAAAGAAAUUAUAAAAUCUGGAAAUAUCAUUAAAAUGAGUGAACUACAUGAGGGCACAAAAUAUCAAGUAGGAGUGACUUCAGUGCAUGAAACAGAUGAAAAACUUAAUAGUGAAGAAAUAUUGUCCGAUCCGAUUUCGACAGUUGCGCCAUCGCUGUUUGUUGAAACCAUGAGCAUCGGCCAUGAAGAACAAAAAUUCAUGUGGAACAAAAUAGACAAUGUUUUAGAAUAUGUAUUUCAUUGGAGAAUAGAACAUAGAGGGUGGCAACAAGAAACUGUUUAUCAAGACGAAUUAAUUUUGGAAAACUUGGAACCUGGGAAAAAAUAUGAAGUCUACGUCACUGCAAUUAAUGAUAGUGGUGAAGGUGACAGGUCUUCUACUGUACAGUUUGACACAGUUCCCCCUGUUCCAACUGAUCUUCAACAACAAAUACUCUCAACCCAAGAGUUCAAGAUAUCAUGCAAAUCAUGUGAAGGUGCAGACGGAUAUAUUUUCAAAGUCAACAACAAAAGUUUCAACUCUGAAUUACCUGAGUAUACAUUGCAAAGUCAAGACCUGGUCGAUAUAGAAGUAACAGUGCAGUCUUACAACACUGCUGGUGAAAGUAGAUUAUCAAAUGUGCUGAAGUUUAGACAAGUUGUCUCUCUUCUGCAACAAAAGUUCAAACAAGUGGCUGAAAACCUUCUGGACAAAAGUGCAUUCGUUACACCAAAGCUCAUUAAAAUUCCUAGCGGUGAUGUCAUAGGAGACCUCGAAUUACAAGCAACUCAAAUUAAAGAAGGAGAUACAGUAAUGAUUAUUGGAGAGAAUUUCACAGGCAAAACUGCAUGUUGCAGCUAUUUCUUGCAACAUGUACCCAAUGCGAAACUGGCAUUUUAUUUCGAUUACGAAGAUGUCAAAGCACUCAAAACAAAACUUAAUGUAAAAGCAAUACUGCAUAAGUACAUGCCGGAUCUGCCUGAAGAAGAAAUAGAUUUUGUUUUUCAUUGGAUGAAGAAUAACUCUAACCAAGUUGUAUUUGUUGUUGAUAAUUUCAACUUAUCACCUGAAUUCAAUCCUCGUAAUCUUCUUUAUAAAAAUGAAGAACUACCAAAUCAAAUCUUUUAUAACCUACUAGUCACCAAUCGACAAGUAUUCCCCAAGUCUCAAGUAUUCUGCUCUACAUCACAUGAUUCGGUGAAACAGUUUUUGAACCCCACACUGUCUGUAAAAAUUUAUGGCUUUGAUGAUACUGGAAUCAUAAAUAUGAAGAAAAACAUUUUGGGAGAGAAAAAUGAUAUUGCUGAUGUUCCCGAAGUUUUCCAAUUUUUUUGUGCAAACCCAGGAUUCUGUGAAAGUAUUUUGUACAUGAUAAAAAAUAAUAAAAUCGAGGCAGACAUCGACUCAUUCUCUUCCAUACUCGUUCAACUUAUCCUUGAGAACUUGAACAGAUAUCCAUUGGUUCAAAAGAAAGUCAAAAUUAAUAAUCAUUUGUGGCAGAAAAUUAAUGAAGUACCAAAAAGAAUUGAAGCCGCUAAUAUCAAUCCAGAGAAAGUGAAAAAAAGAAAAGACAGGUCAAACAGCCAAUCACAAGUUGCUACAUCGGUCAUGGAAUCGUCUAUAAACAGUGGUGGUCUAUCAUUCUUGGAGUAUGGAGAGAGAUCCGUUGUCAGCAGAAAAUCUUCAAUAAACUGUGACGUUUUGCAGGAUUACAUUACUAUUGCCAUGUACUUUGCAUUUUUCUGCAAAUUAGAUGAUUUCAAGAAAAGAUUGAGAAAAAAAUCUUUAAAGUUUGGCUCAUUUGCAAAGAUAUGGAUAAUGAUUGCAGGAUUGCUGAGAAAAGAAACAAUGAAAGCUGCGAAGAAAAUAUUUGAACCAGCUGAUAUAGUAAUUGAUGAAAGAGAAGUUCUCAAUAAAUGUGAGAUUGUAAAGAAAUUUAUCAAAGACAAUAUUGGAAAUAUCCUAAAUCAAAUUUACAUUGAACCACAAAUAACUUUGGACUGGUUUUCAAUCUGCAAUGAACUUAAUGAUGAAAAACUUUUACAAAUGUGCAAAACGAAAAUUGAAAUUUUAGACAAAAGCACAACUGAUGAAGUGGAAAAAGCAUCUGAGUUUCUGAGAAGGCUACCAAAAAAAUUCUGCUCUAAUGUGAAAGUGAAGUACGCCUGUAAUGAUGCAACAAAAACGUUGUCGAUAGACAAUGCAAUAAGAGAGAACCCAAACACGGAUGUAGGUGCUAAAUAUUCUGCGAAGCUAAUCCUGGUGAAGAGCGAAAAAUCAAGUAAUUUUUCUAUGAAACGUCUUUCAUCCAACUAUCAAUCAUGCACACACAGUGAAAACUUACAAACGCCACCAGUAUAUUCUGAAGACAAGUCAAACACAGAACCCAUUGGAGAAACUACUGAAAAUACUUCGACCAUACUACCAGAUAGUGAGUACAGGUCUCUUCAUGCCGAAGGAAGCGUAUCUCAACGUCCAUUCAAUGUUAGAUUACCAAUAAAAUUCAUAAAUAAUAAAGACAGCCAUUCUUUCCAAGGCUACAUAAAGCUCAGCAAAGUAUUCACCACUUCAAAAUCUCUCCCUUCUGAAUCGGAAAAAGUUUCGUGCACUAUUCCUGUAUUUUGCUCUUCCUUGGAAACACAAGUGACAGCUACAAUUGUCCAAUCAGAACGGGAUAAAUGGAAAAACAUUGGGACUGUUCAAAUAUCAAAACAACAAUUCGUGCAUUGUGAGCUUGAUGCCGGGGAAACCUACACAAUUGUUUUGCCUUCUGACGGAAGUGCAAGAAGUGUCCUCUUUCACUUAACUUGCCAAAUCUACCCAGUAGGGGAUUCACAAAUAAUUUGUGAAGUUUCAAUGGAUGAUGGUGUGGAAACCAUAACAAGAUCACCUGUGUCUCAUCAAAGAUUCACCAUGAAAUUGGGUGAAACAGUCAAUAUUGCAGUAAAGAAGUCUGACAACGUCAUAUUUGACUGGAAAUUUAGCCUUGACCCAGAAAGCAUUAAUAUUUCAAAAACCAUCAAAUGCCACGAGACCGUAGUCGCAGGCCAAGAACAGAAAAGCAAUACUAUAACAUGCUCGAUAGUUAACGCUACUACAGUGAUUAGCCAUAUAACAUUCGAUGAAUGGUCAGAGCAACAGUAUUUCGCACAUGGAAAAAAAUCUGAAAUAGUGGAAAAUAUUCCAGAAUCGUCAAUCUGGGUCCAGUUGGUAAAUGAAUCUCCAAGAAAUAUGAAAGUUGUCGCAAGAUCCCUGUCAAGCGGCCAUGAAAUUGCAACAACAUCGACUGGAAGUUCAGCGAUCAUAAAUGGCAUAGAUCCGGGAGACAAAUAUUCUGUCUCCAUAUUUGAUAUGUCUGGUGGUCAUUACCACAAGCUUAUAUCCAAAACUGACAUUCAAACAAGUAAAACAAUUGGAAAAGGAGGAGACAUUGUUCGAGCUGGAAAUUGCACUCUUAUUUUUCCUGAAGGCGCUGUCAAGAAUGGAACCAAAAUUGAAAUUUCAAAUUGUACUGAGGGUGUACCGACUCUCCCCGAUGAAUAUUUCUGCAUUACACCUAUAAUGGACUUUCGUUCAUCACAAAAAAGAUUUGAUGACCCUGUUAUCUGCAAACUUACUUUACCCCAUAUCAUUGUAGAAAAACCCAUAUCUGUUGAUGUAAUGUGCUUUGAGGACAAUAAGUGGGAUAAAGUAUGCUCCAGUGUUUUGACUGAAAACAGUGCAGUCGAGUUUAAGUGUGAUCAUUUUUCUCCAUAUACAUUAGCAAUAAUUAUUCAAUUGCCAUACAGUCUGAUCCCCAAGCCGAUUUCUUUCCGGAUGCACAACAUGGUUUACUUUGACAAGAAUGACAACUUUGUGUGUGUCACAUGUUUGGAUUAUGAAUCCAUCAUGCAGAAAUGUGAAACAAAGUUACUGAAAGCUAACUUUAUACCAUCUUCAUUUAUUAUCCCAACUUUCAAGCUAAAAUUGGAAGAAACCGCUGGUUUUUUCCUCAAAUGUCUCGGUGUUGAACCAGAAAGGCUAAUUGGAGAAUGGCAAACAACUCUCAAUCGUGAUUUUGUCGAGGAAUGGUCACACAUGCAAGAUUUUCAAAUGGAUAAAGUCGCUGGUAAAGACAGAAUCACUCUUCUGUUCAGUCGACUAUUGGAUGACUCACCCCGGCCAGUUGAAAAGAAAACUCAAGUGUCAUACCCUCUAGAUAAAAAUGCAAUCACUUCAACAGAACCAUCAAGCGCAGCUGUGAAUACCAUCCAAGGUCAUCACAUGACUGUUAUAACCAAUAACCCUGUAUUGCACGGAAAUUAGAGUGAUUAGACCCAUUAUCAAUUAUGUAGAUAUUACAUUAUUACUAUAUUGUACCACUUCUCUGAAUGAAGCGUUCAAAAGUCCCAUUCGUUUCAGCGAGAAAGACAAUAUUCAGAUUCACAUAUAAAUGUCAUGUAAUUUUUCAUGUUUAUCUUCACAUAGUAAUUAAUUUGAAUAUGAGAUAUUUACACAGUUGAGGUAGAAUCACACAGUCACCUUCCAUAUGAAAUCAUGUCCCCCAAUGAGGUCAUAGAUGAAAUAUUUUGACAAUCUGUCCAAAGUUCAACUAUCAAUAUUAUUAUUACUGUAUGACCCAAUUAAUCAAUAAUUUGUAACUGCAUCUGUUAUAUUAACCAUGUAAUG